AUGCCAUCUACAAUCCGGCUGGCCUCGGCCACCUUACUAGUCCUCGUUCUCAUCGUGGCAGAUGUCUCUCUUUUACAACAAAGCAGAAAGAACGGCACCGCCGAUUUGCUUCACAUCCUGGCCAAUCCGACGGAUUUCCUCCCAAACACCAAGAUACCCCUCAAGAUUCCCAGUUCCGGCCUCGCACCAUUGGACAACUACUUUCAAUUCAUGACCGCUUUCUUCUCCACUUCCUUGGAUUCCAAAAAUGUCCGCGCUCACGUUGCAGGAAACCACCUCCUGGGAUCUCUUUCCAGCAUGUGGUUUGUCAUGCUUGCGGAAGCACAUAAUAGCUCUCCCGGCUUCUUGAUUUCAACUUACAUGAUUGAAUUUUUGGGAGAACUAUUGGGAAUCGGCAUAUUCACUCCCAUCUGGGGACUUGCACACCUAUACUACGUGCCCGCUAGACUGAGGACAUCCAACAGACCGGAGACAAACAACAAAGCUCUGGGCUACGCUCUCUUCAUCGGACACAUCGUCCCAACAGUCCUGAUGCUUCGACUGAAACCCGAUGGAGAGGGUCUCGCAUCGCAGCAAUUCUGGACCAUUGCCCGGCUCUUCCACCCCUUCUUCGUGUAUGUAAGCUGGGCAUUCCUGAAGACUGCCAUGGGUAGCUCCACUUCCUCCCAGUCCUCGUUCUUCAGCCGACGCAAAAUGUACAUUUUCGGCAUUUUGAUCUCGGGGUUCYUCCACGUCACCUCCCUGAGUUGGUUCCUCGCUGAGCAGCUGGCACCCGGAUGGAUCAAGGAAGAUGUUCUGGCGCAGCUCAGUUUCAGCACUAUUGUCACGCCAGCCAAAUUUUGGGGUGCUGCUUCUCUUCUGAAUGUUGCUUGGGAGGAUGGUGUUGCCAUCUUCUUGCAGUGGGAUUACCUCUGUUCUACCGCUGCAUUCUUCAUCUGGGCUGCGAGCAUGUUUGUCGAAGCACGAUCUUUGGGUAGGGAUGCCACUGGAAGCAGCAUUGUGGAGGUCUUUGCUCAGAGUGCUUUGGUCACGGUUCUGGCAGGUCCAGCUGCUGGUGCAGCUUACUUGCUGUGGGAGCGCGACGCUGUUCUUGCGGCGCCGGCAACUUUGAAUGAGAAGAAGUCGCUAUAG